CUCCCAGCGAGUUCAAUUGUUUGUGAUGCCAAAGGACCAAAACCCUGAGAUCUGAAUACAGAACGCAUGGAUGUCCUCGGAUCGAUGGACGUCCGAGAGCUCCUCUCCUCAGAGGACCUCGACGAGACUUCGCCACUCUCCGCGCCCGACCUUAGCCUCCUCAUUGAUCGCCUCCAGAUCCGUUCCCUCCACAUCAAAUCCAAAGUUCGUGAGUACGUACUCUCCCAUCACCGUGAGUUCGCCGACAUAUUCUCCCGCAGCGCUGCAUGUGCCGCCGGAGCCGAUGAAGCCGCGGCCGCCCUUGCUGAAGUGCUUCGCCUCCUUUCCGACCAUCCCGUCGACCGAGAGAUCCGCGACCUCGUGAAGGAGAUCGGGAGGAAGAGGCGGGAACUCGAGCAGCAGAGGGCGGCGCUGGGGUUUGUGGGGACAAUUUCUAGUUUGCUUGAGAGAUUGAAAUUUGCGAGGGAGGAUGUUAGGGCAGGGAGAUUGGUCGAGGCGGCAGUUGCGGUGAGGGAUUUGAAUAUGGGGCUUGGGGUGUCAGAGAAGUGGGACGAGAAUCGCGGAGUGGAAGAGCCGGCAGUAUUUGGGUUCUUGAGGAAGGAGUGUUUGGAGUGCUUUGAUGAGCUACAAUGCGUCCUCUCGCGAAGUAUGGAAAGUUUGGUCCAGUUCGAGCCUGAAAAUGGUACUGUGACUGUCAGGUCCACUUUCAGAAGUGGGAAAACAAUUGAACUUGUGUUGCGUAGAGUAUUGGAAGCCAUGGAGGUUGUAGAUGUUCUGGAUUAUGGCCUGGCAAAGGUAACUGAUUUUAUGAUGAAGCAUGCGAUAGGCCCAGCAAUAACUAACAAAGGCAUCCGUAUUUGGGAAGAACCUAAUCGGGACUCUGCUGCUAUGCUCAGAAUUAAUUUAUCAUCUGAACAUCAUGGAGAAACUGAAGUUGUGGCAAUUUUUUCUAGCCUUAUUCAGAUUAUAAAGUUUAUCUACAAAUUUGUCUGCUUUGAGAAUGGAAUAUGGAUGCAGUGCUUUGGAAGGCUGGUCUGGCCAAGAAUGUCAGAACUUAUCAUAUCACAAUGUCUUUCCAAGGCUGUUCAAGAAGAUGCUACAAAGAUGGUGGAAUUAGAGAAUAUUAUUAGGAGCACUUCUGAGUUUGAGAACUCUUUAAAGGAAAUGAAUUUUAUCUCUUUCAGCAAUAAAAGUGAAGAAAGGUUGAGUCAUUUUAUUCACAAUGUCGAGGUUCAUUUUGCUUCUAAAAAGAAGAAUGAAAUCCUAGCAAAGGCUCGCAAAAUUCUUCUUCAGUUUUGUUCCCUGGAAGCAACCUCAAAAAGUGGUAUGCUGUUUGAUGAUGCUUAUGAAGUUACGUCUGUUCAUGCUGCUGACUUGCUUUUUCAACCUGAAAAGUGUUUUGUAUCAAGUGCAUUGUGUCAAGUCAUACAACUAGUGCACGAAACACUUAAGGAUGCUUGUUUGUCAUCUGCAAGAGUGGCGAAAGAGUUAUACCAUGCUUCUAGGGAUGUUCUACUAUUGUACAAAGCUAUCAUACCAAUGAAGGUCUUCAGACAAACAACUCGAGUUAUAGCAUUCUUUUGCUUGAAGAUUGGCGAAGCAGCUGCAUAAUGUUAGCCAGCAAGCAGUAAUUGUGCAUAAUGAUUGUUAUUAUUUAUCUCAAGAGAUUCCUGGGCUUACUUUUGAG